GUGGUGGCCGGGGUCGCGACAGAUCUGGAUUUUAUCUGUUCGUGAUGGCGUCGGUAGGCGUGCGGACGGCUCGCGGCCGCUGGCCGGCGGCCGCCGGCGUGCGGCGUCUCUCGGAUGGCGCCGGGCCGCACCGUUCGCAGCCGCGGGAGGAGCGCGCCCGUGUCCACCACAUGACCAGCUACUACAAUCAGUCGGCGAUCGACGCGGCCGCUGCCAAGCCUUCGGUGCGCCUGACCCCGGCCACCAUCAUGUACACGGGCAAGAGCACUGACGAGGCGCACCUGAUGGUGAGUACCGUGGCGGCCACCGGCCCGGCGCUGUAUCGGCUGGCUGCGGACGGCGACUGGCCCUCUUUUGAAGGCCGCGUGCCAUGGCUGGUCGUCGUAGCGCCUCUGACAUGCUGUGGUGCAGCGUUACGCUAG